AUGAUCAAGCGGCUUGGCUUCCCUGGGGCUCAGUUUUCUGGCACAGCCCCUUCCUCCAAUCAGACACUUCGUCUGAGUUGGAAACAGUCAGUUAAACUAACUACAAGUUGGAACCACCGUUCCCCGAAAAAGCGCGCCCACGACCAGCUCUAUUCUCACGCUCACUCGCCCUAUUUUACUUACUCGCCCUAUUUUACUUACACGCCCCGGCCGCAAGCGCGCCACCGUCAGGUCCCACCGACACCAAUUAGAGGCAAGGUAAAUGCUAGCAGUGGGCGUCUAACCGGCGCGAAUGAGUACACUUUGAACCCGCGGAAGGCAACAUACCCCUAUAUAAGGCGCGCAAGCCUGAGAGUCGGCGCCAGAAGAGGUCCCGGCGCCACAAGUGCUCCCCACCAGGACACUGGUCCCAGCUCAAGCCCAGCUCCAGGGAUCCGCACGACCCCAGCGCAGUUUGCAGAAGCGCGAGGUUUCAUCGACAGCAAUCAGAACAUGAAUCGUUCUCCUGGCUGCAGCCACUCUGGCACAGGCUGUUACAGCCUGGGAGUCGGCGAGGGCAUGGAAGAACUGAAUGAUGUGACGCCUCCCGUGCUCUCGGAGGUUGUAAACGGAGAAGGGGCGGAGGGUACAGGGGCCGAACCUGAGCCCGAAGUAGCAGCAGUAGCAGCAGCAGCAGCAGCAAACUACAUUGGCUCGGCAGAGCCCAGACCCUUGGACGACGAAAACCGUGAGGGCGGCGGCAGCGACGAUGACCUUGAGCCCCCGGAGCAGCAGGUGGAGGUGGCCCCCCCGGCCGCUGAGGAGCCACAGGUCGCGGAGAGAAAGCAGCGCCGCAACCGCACUGCCUUCACCCAGCUGCAGCUGCGGGAGAUGGAGAACCUUUUCCGUCGCGUUCAAUACCCCGACGUGUUCGCGCGAGAGGAGCUUGCAAGACGUCUGAAUUUGACUGAAGCCAGAGUGCAGGUUUGGUUUCAAAAUAGACGAGCCAAGUGGAGAAGACAGCAGAGGGCGAUGAUGUUCAGAAACCUGGCCCCAGUUGCCGUGGGUCCCCCUGUGGGGAUAAUCCUUGAUGGGCCCUAUCAUGCAAUCCCUGUUCUGGAGCCUGCAUGGAGAUGUGUUCCUCUGUUGCCACCGCCAGGCAUGCCACCUCGGCUACCCCGGCCACGACCCCUGCCCCCUGGGCCACCGCCACCACCCAUGUUCCCUGGGCCACCACCCAUGUUCCCUGGGCCACCACCCGUGUUCCCUGGGCCACCACCAGUGUUCCCUGGGCCACCCGUGUUCCCUGGGCCACCCGUGUUCCCUGGGCCACCCGUGUUCCCUGGGCCACGCCUGUUCCCUGGGCCACGCCUGUUCCCUGGGCCACGCCUGUUCCCUGGGCCACCCCCGCCACCUGUGCCUCCCUUUGCUCUGGCCCCUAUAGGUGUGGCAUGGGCCCCUGUCAUCAAUGGUCAUUUCGCCGGCCCCAUUUUCUGA